CCGGCGGCUCCCGGUCGCUGGCGGGGGACGGAAGCUGGAGCCGGCCGCGAACGCCUCACCUUCCCCCGGCCCUCCCGUCCCACCGCCUCCGCGCGCUCUCGUCGCGCCCCGCCGCCGUCCACUGUGAGCCGGCGGCGCCGUACGAUGUGAGCGGCCGCGGGACUCGGCAGCGCCCCCGGUGCCCACGACGCUGGGGCGGGCAGCGAUGGCCGGAGCCUGGCGUGGGAGCAGCCGCCGAUAAGAAGCGCCGGGGGCAGCCGGGCGGCGGCGCGGAGACUCCCCGGGGCCGGGAAGCGCCGCUCCCGUCCCGCCCCCUCCCUCCUCUCCUCCCCCGCGGCCGGUGCAUGCGGGGCGCCGGGGGCAGCGCUCGGCUCCUUCCCCCGCCGGAGAGCGUGAGCCGCUCGGGGCCGCGCCCCCCGCUAUGUCCUCGUCGUCCAGCUCCUCGCAGACCCCCCCGUCCCACCACCAGCCCCCGCCGCAGAGGAUGAGGCGCGGCGCCGCCGGGUCCCCCACCGCCGGUGGCGGCGCGGCCGGGGGCCCCGGCAACGGGGGCGGCGCGGCGGGGAGCAGCCGCCUGCUGCAGCCCAUCCGAGCCACCGUCCCCUACCAGCUCCUGCGGGGCAACCAGCACAGCCCGACCCGCUCCCCCUCCGCCUCGGUGGGCAGCAACACCGGGCCGGGAGGGGGGCGAGGCGGCAGCCCGCCGCCCCCCAGCGCCACGCCGCCGUUGUCGGCGGGAGGCGGCGCGGCCGAGGCGAGCAGGGUGAAGGGCCGGCAGCGUCGCUCGCCGGACAGCGGCGGCAGCAGGAGGAGCAGCUCACCUGAGAGACGCAGCCCCAGCUCCCCCGUGUACAGAGUGGACAGGCCAAAAUCCCAGCAAAUCAGAACUUCUGGUACCAUAAGGCGAACUUCUUCUUUGGACACAAUUACAGGACCUUACCUCACAGGACAGUGGCCACGUGAUCCGCACGUACACUACCCUUCAUGUAUGAAAGAUAAAUCUACUCAGACACCUAGCUGUUGGGCUGAAGAAGGAGCAGAAAAGCGAUCACAUCAGCGCUCAGCAUCAUGGGGAAGUGCUGAUCAACUAAAAGAGCAGAUUGCCAAACUGAGACAGCAGCUUCAGCGCAGUAAGCAGAGCAGUCGUCAUGGUAAAGAGAAAGAACGUCAGUCACCUCUCCAUGGCAACCAUAUAGCAAUCAGUCAGACUCAGGCUUCUAUUUCCAGAUCAGUCCCUAUGCCACUGUCAAACAUUUCAGUGCCAAAAUCAACUGUUUCACGUGUGCCAUGUAAUGUAGAAGGAAUAAGCCCUGAACUGGAAAAAGUGUUCAUUAAGGAAAAUAGUGGAAAAGAAGAGAUAUCCAAGCCUUUGGAUAUCCCUGAUGGUCGAAGGGCCCCACUACCUGCUCACUAUCGUAGCAGUAGUACACGAAGCAUUGACACUCAGACUCCGUCUGUGCAGGAGCGCAGCAGCAGCUGCAGCAGCCAUUCACCAUGUGUGUCUCCCUUUUGCCCUCCUGAAUCUCAGGAUGGGAGUCCUUGCUCAACAGAAGACUUACUCUAUGACCGUGAUAAAGACAGUGGGAGUAGCUCACCGUUGCCCAAGUAUGCCUCAUCUCCCAAACCAAACAACAGCUACAUGUUCAAACGAGAGCCCCCAGAGGGAUGUGAGCGAGUGAAGGUCUUUGAGGAAAUGUCGUCUCGUCAGCCUGUCUCAACCCCUCUCUUUUCAUGUCCUGACAAAAACAAGGUUAAUUUCAUCCCAACCGGAUCAGCUUUCUGUCCUGUAAAGCUUCUGGGCCCCCUGCUUCCCGCUUCAGACCUGACACUGAAGAACUCUCCAAACUCCAGUCAAAGCACAGCUUUGAGCAGCCUGACUGUUGAGCAGCUUUCGUCUCGGGUCUCUUUCUCAUCUCUGUCAGAUGACACCAGCACAAUGGACUCUACAGAGGUCUUGGUACAGCAACCAUCCCAGCAGCAGCAGCCUCUUCUGCAAGAAAUUCAGACUGAAGAGCAUUCCUCUCCUCAGAGCUAUGCGCUAAUCUAGACCAAGGUGUGGAGCAGGCCUCUGCCCCAAAGCAAGGAUUGAGGAGGUAACAGUUCAGAUACAUCUGCAUGAGGUGGCAACCUUUCAGAACAAAAUGGAGUAUUUAGCAGCAUUCUGAAAAAUAUCUCUACGCUGUUCUUGGCAGGGACAGAAUCCAUAUUCAGCAUCUUUUGUGAGAAAGCAGUGAUGCCUGCAGAAUCCAUAUAUCAUUAAGCGUUUUAAGUGGAGACUAUGCAUUUCAUAGUAUGUUUGACCAGAUUAGUACUGUGUCCUGUGUUCUGUUCUGUUUCAAAUUCUACAGUAUAAAUAAGCUCUAUAUAUAUAAAAAAAAAAAAAGAAAAAAAAGUUGCCUGUCUGAAUAGAAAAUGUCUUGCUGUGUCGUGUCCUAUGGAAAAUACUGUACUUCAGGAUUAUGUUUACAAUUGAUCCAGGUGUUUAUGUUUCUAACUUCUGUAAUACACACAAUGCAAAAAAAAAAAAAAAAAAAAAAAUGGCCACAGCAGUUGCACAGUGCCCACCCUAUGGCCUAGCUUCAGGUACUUCUCUCGAAGUGUAAACUCAGGUAACUUGGAAUGUAUAUCAUAUUGGGAUAUUAAAUAUUUUACAGCUACAAAGCUAAAGAGGGAACAUCACUCUUUUGCCUUUCCUUAUUUUAUGCAUUAAUAUUUCCUCAUUACAUUCCACUUUCUUGGAAUAAGUGCAUUCAGCUCCAGGUGAAUGGUGACCCUGGACGUGGGUGAACGUGAGGAGAACCAGCAAAUCUGUGAUGAAUAUCACUUUGUCAUGUGCUUACAAGCAAAAACAACUGUUGCAUUUACUGUCAUUUCAAUAUAUGUAAAAUGUGGCAUUUAAAGGUUUCAGGUGUUGCUCGGUUAAUGACUGUUAAACUGUUGCAAAUAAAGUGUUCAGUACUAGGCUGUACAUGAGAAACAUUCCAUGUUGUGUGUGAGAGGAUUUUGAAAGACAAGAAUGUUUUUGUUUGAGGACAGAAAUUCUUUCAGGUUUCACGGCGGGGUGAUGGGGAUUUCCUCUCAUGUUUUUGUUGGCAGUUAAGGAUGUGAAAUGCUACUGUUACCGUCUAAAAGUCAAAUUAAUGUUUAGUUUCUCUUUUGGAAAUGCUCAUUCAUUUGCUGGUUGGAAAUAGGUUUUCAGAUUUUGUCGAGCAGUGUUAGAUGAGCAGCAUUUAAUUUAUGUAGUGAGUAAUUGUGUUUGAAGUCCGCAAGUAGCAAGUGGGUGUUUUAAGAGGGAUGGGGAAAACAAUAGUUUUAAGUUUGUUACUUAAUCAAAGCUUCUCCCAUAACUUUUGCUUACUUUAAGCUGUAUGUGUAAAAGUGUGUUCUCCCCCCUCCUUAAGUAUGAAUUGUAAUAAUAAAAAAAUGAUAAUCCUGGUUUUGCAGGCUGGACGCUUUCUCGAAAUGGCAAGAAAGGGUUAGUGGUGCUCUUCUGUUGUACCGGAACAAGAAGAGCAUUGCUUGUAGAGAUAAUUUCCUGUGAUACAAAGAGGACCCCAAAGGCAAAAUAAACUUGAUGUUCUUGCUCCAUUGCUUUCAGCUCAGUGGAAUUACAUUUAUGCUGUCUGCUCCUAAGAGAGUAAAGCUCACCUUUUCCAGGAAUUGAAGAGAUUAGUAGCCUGCAGCUACCGAGCAUUUAAAUUUGCUCCAUUAUUCUUUUAUUUCUUUCCCACUUUUGGAGAUGAAAAUGGAGGGGGGUGAGAGUGAACAACCAAUAACUGCUCACUAAAUACAUGCUUUCUUUGGAGAUAAAGCGUGGUUUCUUUUUAUUACCAAGGUUUUGUUAAUACUGCCUUACAAGGUGGAAUUUGCAGCCUAUAAAACAGUAACUGGUUUUUGGCUCCCCUGCAGAAAACAUGAGGAGAGAGGUCUGUCUCUAACCAUUUUCACGUGAAAAUCCUGCUUGAAACACAACAGCCAUCUUUAACCCUACUAAUCUCAGGCCUAGGUGAAAACACUAUAUAUUUUAUAGAUUGAAGAUAAAGGGGAGAAAAUACUCACGAUGUAAGUAUCGAUUCCUUUUGAUAUUUUUCCUUCUAGACUAACAUUGCAGUACAAUGACCUUUUUUUUUGCUCUGGUUAUGUCCAGAUAAGAAAUCGUAGUCUCGGUUGGUGGUGUUAGAUGACUGGGGGAUACGAUGAGUUGUUUUUAGAUCAGCGGUGAACUCUGUACAAUAACUGCAAUGCCAUUGUGUACUUCUUUUUUUUUUUCCAUGAGAAACUAAAUAUUAAUUGAAUUGCACAUUUGUUCUUAGCAGAUUUGAAGGUUUUGAACCAAAUGCGUUAAAGCUAAUGCUUUGCCAUGUAAAUUUCCCAGCAGUUGUUUAUCUCUAUUGUAUUCUACAUCCAGCUGUAGAAAUUUGUCAAAUAUUGUUUAAAGUUUUGUACAUAGUUGUACUGUUAUUUCUAGCCACUGUGCUGAACAGUAUUCAAGUUAUCACACAAUAUUGCUUUACACAAGGAAA